GGCAUGCUCUAGGCGGCUCGCCUCGCUCGAGUCGGAGCACCACCUGGAUCGGCCACCGUCAGGUAGGACCCAAAACUCUGUGCGACGAUACGAAGCGCGAAGGAGGGGCAGAAAAAUCCACCGGCCGGGUCUCCGCUGGCAGCCCUUCCAGUUGACAGUAGAGUGGAAGGCACGCGAAGCCUUCCACCGCUUCGUGAAACGCUGCGACAACGGGGGACCUACGCGAUCCCUACAUUACGCGACGUGCCACAUGGAAAUCUUUUUCCCUCGUCCCCGUAUCGAUCGUUGCUACUUGAUUCACAAAACAGUUUCUCAAAGGCAAACCAUCGUUGGUCGUGUUUAAUGAAGUUCGGAGUGAAAUCGUCGUGUCGCAACCCACUUGCCGGAGAGGAUUGUACCAGCGUACGGAAUGUCGUCGCGUUAAGAUCGUCUUUCUGCUCGUAAAUCUAACCGCGUUCGCAUCGGCGGCGGUCUAACGGAGUCGCAUCCGGCUGUUCCGUGCUUGUUCAGCGCAAAACGAGAAAAUGUGCGAAGCUGGCUACAGGGAACUCGAGCUUACACCGGAUUCGGAUCGCUGAUAAAGAGAAACGACGCCCCGUGAUACAUAGUACGUACCUGGAGCGUUGCGAAUAUUAUUCGACGCAACAGGUACCAUUUAUCGGUAUCGUUCCGGGACCCGAAUCGGAGCAAUCAUUUCGACUAAUCCGUUUGGUCAGCUGCGAGGAUAAAGCGGGAGGAUAACUGGAGUGGAGGGAGGGAAGAAGAGUGGCCGGACGUUUAACGCUCUAGUGGUAGACGGGAGUAUGGUUGACAGUCGUCGAGGACGAAGCGAAAGGCAGCUUCGAACUCGUUAACCGGUUUCCACGGAUCGGCAUGCAGAACGACACUCGGUGAAGACUACGUACGCCACGAACUGAACCGGGGCCCUGAAUGUUCCGUGCGUGUUCCACGCGUAAAGCGAUCGGACCGGUCUACCUGAUCAGAGACGGAUGAUCACCUGCCAACGAUAGUAUACCUUACCACCGGUACAAUUCAGUACUGGAUACUUUUCCGAAACGCCCGUGUCCGAGAACCGUGGAGACACCGUGAAACGCUUUUACCCGGUGAAUAUUUAUAGCUGAAGAUACCCACGGAAACGUUCUCGUUCACGUACGAAACAUACGCGGAGAUUCCUGAAAUAGGAGGUGCGACGUAAAGUAAAUGAGGAUUGUUGUUUUAACUAAUCUCGACGGGAACGAUCGACGACGAACGACGACCGGAGACAUCGAUGCGAGGCAGUAACACGCGUGUCAAUCACUGAAACGUGCCUCACUCACGGUUUGCCGAGGUAUUUUUAUUCGUGCGUGAUUCAAAUUCCUGAGGAGGUGUUUUCCUGGAUACAGAGAGGCGAAGUCGAAGUGAUCGAGCAGCACCGGUUGGUUCCUGACAGUGUACAGAGGAAUGUUGUGUCUCCGAAGGGCGGCAAUAUUGCCAUUACGCGUUUUAUCGCUGGGCUGAAUUUUCCCGGGAGGCGCGCUUGUUCGCUGAUAAAUGAAUGAAGGUUUCACUUUGGUGAUGUUGGUAGUGUACAGUCGGUAUGCCGGCACGUACUAUGCGAAUUAGAAAGUGUGCUAGGUGAGGUGGUAUCGUGAACAAGUGGGUGCUAGUUGAAUCGACGAUUUACCUUCGUGGAAAAUUCGUGAUCAGUGACCUUCGAUAAAGUAUGAAACACCGUGUUCGAUUACCCUCAAUUAAAAAACGUUUAACUAAUGAAUCCAACAAUAUCCAGCUGCGAAUGAAAUUGCUCGUUAAACGAAAUGGUUCUACCGUAAGAAGUGUACAGUAGCAAAGAAUUUAGUAUGUUCGAUUCGUCGAGUGAUGAAAGCAGAAGAAGUAUGUUUGUGUGAUCCAGUGUCGUUUAAUUGAUUGAAAAAAUUGGCAAAAUUAUUGGAAAUACGCGAACCGCACGCUUCGGAGCGAGUCGGGGGACGAAGAAGUGCAACGGUCGCCGUGGCAUGAGGAGGUUCACACGCAGGCGCAAAACCCUGGCCGCAUUCUCUGCGAUUAUGAGACGCCUUGGUAAAAGCUCGCAGAGCACGACGAGGCCCAUCUUCAGGGUACAGUAUCGCAAACUCGUCGACGAGUACGCACAGCAACAGGAUCAGCUGAAGUUCAUGCCGGCGUUACCCGAUUACAUGUCGUACUGCUGUUGCCGAUGCGGUCACACUCAAAAACUCAAAGCGGAGGAGUUAAACACUAUCGUCGGCAAUGCUUUUCGUAUGGCAUACGUGGCGCAACUUCAGCGCCAACCGAUCCUCCAAGAUGUGAUCGCGCCGCAAUCUUCGCCACCUUACCGAAAGGACAAACAGGAGAAUCGCUCUUCGUGGAACAAAUCGCUGUCUGGCGACGGCUCGAUCGCCGGCGCAGGGGGUGUUUGCAGGAAUUCGUCAUCGAAUUCGUGGCUGAAAAGUCGAACGUCGCCCACGUCCAGAACUGGAAGCGGCUCGUCUGCGGCGGACAUGAACGUACAGCUCGGCAGCGCAGGCUCGCCCACGCUGCGACUCGCUAGCGUGAAGCAGACACCAAACUCGAUCCCGGGUUUACGACCGACGCACAACUUCACGAACGUCCUGGGACCUAUAACGAACGAGGACGAGCCAAAGAGUAUCUCGCAGCAAAGCACGCCGAGCAGCGAUGAGAGCAACUCACCGACGGAGCUGAACUCGUACAAGAGACUAACGGACAAGCCGCCUCUGAUAAAGCGGCUGGCGAUGGGUUUGACAGGUGGACGUGACGUUCUUGGACUGAACGGUGAGGAUGACAGCUGCCCCCUCGUCAGUGGUAGCAGUACGCCGACGAGCCCGUCGAACAGGCCGCAUUCGGGGGGUUACAUAAACGAGGCGAUCAUCGACUCCGAGGGCACCAGGUCGAACUACAACAAGAUACCGCCGUCUGAGAGCCUCGAUAACACUAUCAACGCGUCCAUCACCGCGAAGAACUUCAACAUCGAGAACAACAGGAUAGGACACAACUCUCCAAGCUCUGGCACGGAAACGGAAUUCAAAUCGAAGAGGAGAUCUCAGAUUAGCACCUCGAGCAGUUCGGUACCAGCUGAUGGAAGUACACAUGGCUCGACGCCGACCCCACCGCCUCUGCCUGAGAGAACGGAUAGUCUAAAUAAUCGCAGCGAGGAAGCCGAGUUACGCAAGGCUCCUUGGUUCCAAGCUGGGAUACCGCGGGAAAUAACGCUAGAAGUGUUAAGCCAAGAGCCGGAAGGAGCGUUCAUGGUACGAGAGAGCACCAGUAAACCCGGAUGUUAUGCCCUUUCGCUUCGAGUGCCGCGCGAAUUCCAACCAAGCGGAAUAGCCCAUUAUCUCAUAAUGCGUACGAACAAAGGCUACAAAAUCAAGGGUUUUACGAAGGAGUUCACUACCCUGACCGCUCUAAUUACUCACCACUCGGUGAUGCCGGAGUUGCUGCCGUGCCCGUUAUCGCUAAGUCGAUACAAUCCUAGCUUUGUGAAAAGCGAUUCGAACAAAGACUUCGCGGACAUCGAUUCGGACCCUGAUUACAAUACCUUGGCCGACUUCCGUAAAAUGAUGGCCGACCUGAAUGUCUAGAAUAGAGCUCUCGCAAUCAGGACGAUUCGGAGAAAAAAAUCGAUACUCACUGCCGCCGAUGCUCUUCAACGCCGAACACCGCACCUGCAGGCUGAAGCGUGAUACGCUGCGGGAAAUUGAGACACGCUUUUCGCGAUGGAAUAUCGUCCGCGCGCUGGUAGAUAUCACGCGGUGCGAUCGCGCAAACGGGAAAGCGUUCAGACCGAUUCUAUCAUCGUUCGUCGUGAGCGAUACGGAUGUUUCUUGAUAACGUGAUUGAAAUUUCGGAUCGAUGACGUGUUUAUCGGGUGUUUGGAGGAGUGAAGAGCACCGGGCAAUUCUGUAGACGGUCUCGCGGUGAUAUGUACACAUUAAGUCAUCGGUAGAGGUAAGGCACGUAGCGUAAGUAAUUUAAUGAUCGCCACUAUUCACGAGGAUGAAUAAAAAAUGAAUUACGGAGGACGCGCAGCGGUGAAACUUGAUUCCUUACUUUUCUAGUAGAUUGAAACGUACGAGGCACGAUUAUUUCGCGGAACGUUUUCGGUUCGACUAGCUUACCGUAGGGUUUCGAUGAAAUGAAACUGAUGACGGUGAAUGAGAUAAGUAUAUUUUUUAAUGUUACUGCGAGAGUACCUACUUUUCCAUGGUUUUCGUUCCGAACGAAUGUAUAAAAACUUUAUGUGGUGUUGAAUUUAGUUUAGAGAUCGAUGAAAGUAGAUAACCUGCGUUGCAUCAUCCGACAAGAAUCGUUAGGAAAUUGUACCGCGGAAACUAAUUAAAUAUUAUGAGAAACGUUCAACGUACUAGAUCGAUGUAAUUUUUGUUGGUUCCCCAUCGAUUGUAAUAGUAAGAUUUAGAAUCUUUGAGAAUUUACUAAUAAAAAUUGCACGCAGCUAAAUAAUGUUUUACAAAAUUAAUGUAAAUGUGUUUAUAUGUAUAUAAAUUAUAAUUAUUGUUAUACGAUAUUACUUAUAUUUAAUUAAACGGCAUUGACGGCAUCGUCAGAAGGGAUUGUACCCUUGAGACAGUGACGAAACUAACUAAGCGUAGAGUACCGUAAAGAGUUUCGUGAAAAAUACACCGGUUAUAAUAAUUUAAUCGCUCGACUGACCUAGUCCUGUACAGAAUUUACAUGCGCGCAUAGUAUGAGUAUUAAAACGAAAAAAAAGAAUGGAAAAAUAAGUACAUAUAUCUAUACUAUCUUAUGUGUGUGUUAAUCAACAUAGCCGAGCAAAAUCCAAAAAUACUAUGUGCCGCUUUUUAUACGCCCAGGAAUUAGGAAAUUUGAAAAAAACGCUCCAAUAAAACAAUUUGAUUUUUAUCGUCUAUGAUACGAGAUCAUCAAUCAGCCCUUUCGCAGUUAGAAGUUAAAUUUCAUACGUUGCAAUAAAAUUUCUUAUUGACUAUCGAAUUAUCAAAAUGUAUAACUGGUUUAAUUCAUUUUUUGUAUUUUAAUAAUAAGAAUGCGGAAACUGUUGUAUUGUAGUGGUUCAUACUUUCGUUUUAUAUUUCUUUAGUCUUGCACUGUGAAAGGGUUACGAUUUAAAUAACUGCCAGGAAAUCUACUGAUUAAUAUGAACACGUUAGAGUACAUAGAUUUAACGUAACGGCAAACUGCUAGUACUUCACGGAUCAUCCUACGUAAAAUCAAUUAUAUUUUACCCUCGAGGUCUGACAUUUUAUUAAAAUGAAAUAUAAUGCACGUAUCAUGCGCAGAAUCAGAGAAUAUUUGAAUAUCAUAAUUUUGUUCGAAUGAAUUUUACUUUAAAAAUAUGAAAUAAGAUUUCUAUUUAUAAUUAAAAAAUUCCAUUUGAAUUUUUAUCUCAGGAAUGAUUUAUCGCAUUUGGAAAACAAAAUGAAUUUUGUUCUAUUAAAAAUAUUUAACAAAGUGUUCUACAAAAGAUAGAAAAUUCUGAGAUAAAAAUACAGAUGUUCAUAACAAAUCACGGACUUCGAAGCCUUGUAGCUUAUAAAAAAAUCCGAAAUCAGACAAAUGCUGAGCUAAUCUUGUUUCAAUUUUAUUCGAACUAAAACAUAUAUCAUUAGGAAUAGAUCUUAAGAAACAAGGAGAGAGAAAAUUGAUUUUCCGUGGUAUGACUCUAAUCCUAUGAAGUAAAUUGUGGUAAAUAAUGAAACAGUGUUUGAAUAAGCAGUUUGUCCGACGUUCGAGUAUCUGGUAUUAAAUUAAAUACAAUCUUCCUCUCCCUUAUCGUGCUAGCACCUACCUAUAAAGAGAAUAAAUGUGUCUGGUAUUCGUUUGUUUGAAACCGUACCGGUCGAAAGUGUAACAUUAAUGGACUUCAAAAAGUGUAAAAUAAGCAAAAGUAUGAAGAAAUUUAAAAAGUCACUUAUUCUCGCGUUCAACAGAAAAAUGAAUUAAGACUUCAGCAUGAUUUAGCUAGUUUACGGACGUCCGUUGUGCUUCGACAUCGAGGAUGAAAGUACACGUGAUGGUCUACGUAAUUGCCAAAAUUGAUAAAUUGCCUGCUAAGGUAAAUACUCAAAAGAAAACAGAUGAAAAUGAAUAAAUCGUUGUAAGCUAUGCUAAGCAAGACAUUAAUCACUGCUUGAAGUUUGUAAUGUUUUACGAAUCAUUAUAGCAACGCGUUGUAUAAUUUCAAUAAAAUUAUUUAUUACAAUAAA